AUGGUUGCUUCCACACUCCUCAGUACUGGCAACGGCACUCGCGUUCUCCCACCGCCGACUGAGUUGAUCAUCGAGGGCGCAAGCGCAUUCGAAGCAAUUCCAAUCAUAGACCUGGCGCAGGAGAACAGGACGCUGCUUGUGGAGAAGAUCCGGGAGGCGUGCCUCAAGGUCGGGUUUUUGUACAUCAAGAAUCAUGGCAUCCCUCAGUCCACGAUCAACGCAACUCUGAAUGAAGCACACCGAUUUUUUGACCUCCCCCUCACUUCCAAGCAGGCAUUGGAUAUCCAUCUCUCCCCUGCGUUCAAGGGGUAUACCGCUUUGCUAGGGGAGAAUUCAGACCCCGCAAACCGAGGCGAUCUCCACGAAGGAUUCGAUGUCGGGAGUGAAUCUGAGCAGGGAGAGAUGCGAGGCAACGUUUGGCCCCCCGAGACCGAGCUACCAGGAUUCAAGGAAAAGGUGAUGGAGUACUAUGAUGCCGUCCUAUCCCUAGGCAGGCGGCUCUUCCCUCUGUUCGCUCUGUCCCUGUCCCUCCCAGAAGACUUCUUCGACGACAAGAUACUCCAUCCCGCUGCGAUUAUGCGCCUUCUGCACUACCCCUCUCAGACAGGCCCCACCGACGACCGUAUCCUCGGGAUCGGCGCACACACUGACUACGAGUGCUUCACCCUGCUCUAUCAAGACAUCGUCCCCGCGCUGCAGGUGCUCAACGCUGCGGGCAAGUGGGUCUCUGCGCCACCCAUCGAGGGCACAUUCGUGUGCAACUUAGGAGACCAGUUUGCCAGGUGGACGAAUGAUGUGUAUGUCAGCACCGUCCAUAGGGCGAUCAACAGGACGGGCCAGGAGAGGUACUCGAUACCGUUCUUCUUUGGGACGGACUAUGAUGUCAAGCUUGAGGCGCUUCCCAGCUGUGUUAGCGAGGACAGACCGGCCAGGUAUGAGGUCGUCACCGCUGGCGAGUAUGUGAAGUCCAGGCUGGAAGAGACAUACGCCCAGUCCAAGUAGAUUUACAGGCUCAUCAUUGCCCUUUUACUUUCAAAACCCAAGAAAAUUCAUUCCAUCCGUAAAUAUGUAACCAAUAAAUGACUCCCCACUAAAGCUACAUAAUAC